UAUGUAACCCAGUUAGGGUUAUUAUUUUGAGUUAAUAACAGAAUGGGUUAAUGAUGGAUAAAAUAAGCAAGUUAUUAUUGAGUAAAUAAUAUCUAAAUGCAUGAGAAGGGUUAAUUUGGAAUACAUAAGAUGGGAGUACAUAAUUUAUGCUUAUGUACAUGUGUUAUUUUGUGUUUCAGUUGAGAACUACAUUUUAAAGCACUGUUUCUUUAAGAAAUACGGUGAUUCUUAAAGUUUGUAUGUAAUGCACUUGCAGAAAAUGUGCUUUUGCCUAGCAAGUUAGUAUUAUUUUUUGCUGAUAGGUUGUUGUUUUGUUUGUUCCCACCCUCACGUGUGAGAGUGUGAUUCUGAUUGGACGAGAUGAAAAAAAGGUGAACAGAGAGGGACGCACGAGAGUGUUGUUCAGAGGGUGGAGAAGAAAAUGUACAUGUAAACGCUGGAUAAGUCGUUGAAACUUACAUUUCUUCAUAUCGGAGAGUCUAAGGACAUUCAUGAAAGUGUAUGCACGUUACUCUGCACGAGUAUAAGCCGGUUUUCUUUUGUAGUGUUGAGUUCAGUCGUUAUUGUGAGAAUACACGAUAGAUAAUCGGACAUUCAGGUACACUGGACUGCAUUAAAGUUUAUUUUGUUUCAUCUAACGAGUCUUGCUGGAUCAACAAAGACCCAGAUAGCAUUCUAAAUCCCCGAGUGAUUUAGAAUACCUCUGGCGCCGUGGGACGUGAUCAGCUCAACAGCGUCAUGUGAGAGAGAGAGAGAGAGAGAGAGAGAGAGAGAGCGCGUGUUCGAGCUUCGGAGGAGUCUAACGAGAACGCUGAGUAAUCAAGGAAUUCAGGUGAUCUUAUUUAAUUUUAUUUGCUCAUUAGAGUGAAGUGGCCAUUUGUUGUUUCAAGGCCUCAACGAUCUCUAGCAACGUCCAGGCCUGCAACGGGGAGGGGUUGGGACUUGUGAGGUGUGUAUGUAUGUGCGCGCACGUGUCUAUGUGAGUGGCCACUCAAACGUUAAAACUGGUACUGUUUCAACUAUUGUUUGUGAAACGAGUAUUUAUUGAUAUUAUGUUUAUUUGAGAUAUUAAGGAAGUGUUGAACUGUCAUAAUUGGUUAUUUAAAGUGAUUGCAUAUUUUCUUCAAAGGGAAAAAAAGACACAAGACAAGUGUAUGGUUUAAUUUGAAGUUUAUUGAACAUUUGACAUUUAAACAUAUAUUUUCACAUUUAUUUAUUUUGUUUUACUGUGUAUAAAUAAACCUAAAGGUUAAUUUUGUUAUACUUACCCAUUUGUGUUGAUUGAAGUCAUUAUACAGUGACAUUUCCUAGCUGACAUAGGGGAGGAUAGCAUUAGUGCAUAGUCGAGAGACACUUUAAGAACCCGGUGCGCUGCUCUGGUUAUAAUCAGAGCAUAGGGGCGCUACACAAUUUGGGGGCUCGUCCGGGAUCAUUAUUCUCUCCCUAAAAUCCUGAAUAUUAAGAUUAAGCAUUCAGUAGAAGAAAAGGGGACUUACUGACUAUUCUUUCAAAGAAUCAAAAUGGCGUUCAAGAGUGAUUCACUUUUGUCUGUUGAACUUUCAAACUGGUGCAAGGAAGCUGUAAUUGAGGAAAGCCAUGCUAUCAUGUUAAUGGGAGUACCUGCAACAACUGAUGUGGCAUGUAUAGAAGAAGCUGUCGAAACUAUAAAAGCAGUAGGCAGAGUGAGAGUUAGAGACUCUAAAAAGGGACAAAGCCCAGAUACUGUGUUGAUAUUGUGUGAAUGCCGUGAAGUAAUAGAUCCUACCCGCAUUCCAGCUGAGUUGCUAAGAGCCGAAGGGGGAGAGACGUGGAGGGUCAUUGUAGCACCUGUUGAUGUACCUGCAUUCGGGUUUUCUGAGAAAUUGGCAAAAUUUCUGCAUCAGGAAGGAAAAUCCAUGACUGACUUGGAAUCUUUAUUCCAUUCAACCAGUUCCAGUGCUGGUUCACCCGAGUCCAUUAUACGUGCAGUCGGGGACCUCCUGGAAAAAACAAAGCCUUCUGGAGACUCAAAUGCUUAUAGGCGAUUGCGUAUGUUUUCUGGUACUAUUCCUACCCCGUCGGGAGAAGAAAAUCUUGAGAAUUGGAUGGAACAGGCCAGAUUAAUGACAGCUGAAUGUGAGUGUUCGGAAAAAGAAAAGCGGCGACGGAUAAUGGAGAGUUUGAAAGGCCCUGCUCUUGACAUAGUGAAGGCGGUAAGGUUUUCAAGUCCUGAGGCUAGUGCUUCACAGUACCUUGAGGCUCUAGAAAAUACCUUUGGAACCUCUGAAUCAGGGGAAGACCUUUACUUUGCUUUUAGGUUACUGAGACAAUUCCCUAGAGAAUCUCUGUCUGACUUCCUGAGACGAAUAGAGAAAUCAUUGACAAAGGUGGUGCAAAAAGGCGGGUUGAUGUCUCACAUGAUGGAUAAGGCGAGGAUUGAACAGCUAAUCAGAGGUGCUGCUUUCGACUCAGACCUGAUGUUAUUACAGCUGAGGCUACGAGAACGGAAAGACCACCCUCCGACUUUCUUGGAGUUAUUGAAUGAGUUGAAGACAGCUGAAGAGAAUGAACUUGCACGUCGUAGAAUCGGAACGUCAGUGAAAUCAAUAAAUCUGAAAACCGAUGAUAAUCCGGAAUCGGAAGUAGUAAAGCAACUCCGAGCUGAACUGCAGGAGCUAAAAGCCAAUAUGAGAGAUGAUUCAGCUAAAGUUCCUGUUGCAUCCAUGAGGAUAGAUACUAAAGAAAAACUGGAAAAACAAAGAGUGGAUACUCAUGGGGAGUCUGAAGUGAAAGAGUUAAAGAAACAAAUUCACAAGUUGAAUAAACAAUUAGAGGUGAUGAGUAUCAGUUCAACUGCUAAUGCUGUUCAAACUAAAACUAGGCUGGAUUACAGAGCAAUGCCUUCGCGACACAAUGAGAAACAGAUGAAGCCUAAGGAGGAUUUCUUCUGUUACCGUUGCGGGGAAGAUGGACAUAUAGCCACUAAGUGUAACGCACCAGAGAAUACUGGCAAAGUUAUAAAAAAGCUGCAUAAGAAAUGGAAAGAGGAAGUGACCGACUCAGUUGAAGGGAUUGUUACAUGGAUGGGACCUGGAUUCCUAACAAUACCUCAGAAGGGUGAAAAGUAUGCUGACUGUAAAGUUGGACUCAAGGAACAGGUGAGAGAAGAUAUUCUCCUAGUAGAAGCCACGGAUGAGAACUUAUUACCUGCUGGAGUAUUUGUCCCAUCGUCUGUCCUGUAUUCAUCUGAUAUAGACGUGGAUAACUUCAAAUUGCUUGUGUGCAAUGAGACUGCAAAAGAUAAAAGCAUUCCUCCAGUGACCGUGAUGGCAAAUGUUUUCCAUACCGACAUAGUUACGGUUGCGCAGGGAGAUCAGACCGCUGUCAGGAAGCUGAAUCCGAAUAUCUUUAACUUUGACGAUUCUCCAAUACCGCGUAAUUAG